AGGCCCAAAACAAUAUCCCGGCCCAGCAACGGAUCUCCUAUAAAUUCUCCCACGCAUCUAGGGCUUCGUCUCAUCACACCAGCCGCCGCUGCCGCCUCGUCGUCCCAAAUCGUCCGAGCGCCGCCGCCGCCGCCGCCGCCAUGGGUAAGGUUCACGGCUCGCUGGCUCGCGCCGGGAAGGUGAGGGGGCAGACGCCGAAGGUGGCGAAGCAGGACAAGAAGAAGAAGCCCCGGGGCCGCGCCCACAAGCGGAUGCAGUACAACCGCCGUUUCGUCACCGCCGUCGUCGGCUUCGGCAAGAAGCGCGGGCCAAACUCCUCCGAGAAGUAGAUCUAGAGAUCGCUCCUUUGCCCCCGUCUCAUUAAUUAAUACUCAUGGAUCCCUUUUUUUGUUUGUUCCCUAGUAGUUUUUUGUUCAAGUAUGCAAUUUUUGGUAUUGAACUGAUGUCACUGUAAUACCUAUGAUAUCUCUAUGGAUGGUGUUAAGAUCUUAUCGUCAAGUGUUCAUCUUUUACUUGUUA